AUGACCCUGUCCACGGUGGAUAUUAGUGACGUGCAAGCGACGAUAGAUGCUGCGCUGGACUCGCUGAAGCAGACCUUGCGAGAAGUGAACCACAACCAUCACGCCCAUGAUACAAUUUGCGAUUUUCUGGAGAAGCAGGGAUUUGAAGUCACCCGCCAUGCGUUCGGCAUCGCCACAUCAUUUGAAGCCCGGAGCGGAUCGGGCGGGCGGUUGAUCAAUUUCAACGCGGAAUAUGAUGCUCUGCCUGGUAUUGGACAUGCUUGUGGGCAUAACCUGAUCGCCACCAGUAGUAUCGCAGCUUUUCUGGGGUUGUCUUAUAUUUUGAAGAAAUAUGGCAUCCCCGGACGCACGCAGCUACUAGGAACUCCAGCCGAGGAGAAUGGAGGAGGCAAGGCCAAGCUUAUUGAUGCUGGGGCCUACGAGGGUGUCAAUAUUUCCCUCAUGGCCCAUUCCGGACCCAAGAAACUCUUCCCGGGUCAGGAACCAUCCGAUGGGAUUGCGGGGACAUUAAUGAAUGCGCGCAAGAAUAUCCGCUGCGAGUUCACGGGUAAAAGCGCGCAUGCAGGAGGCAAUCCUUGGGAAGGCAUCAACGCUCUCGACGCCUUGGUCUCGGCAUAUAACAAUGUCGCCGUCCUAAGGCAACAACUGCUGCCAGAUCAGCGCAUUCACUGCGCCUUCAUAGACACCCCGAAAGUCGCCAAUGUGAUCCCGGCGUAUACCAGUGCCUUUUGGCAAGUCCGGAGUCCCACACUCACAGGGCUCAAUAGGCUGCUGGCCAAGGUGUGCAAUUGUAUUGAGGCUGGCGCGCUGGCGACCGGAUGCCAGGUGAAAAUCGAUGAGUAUGUAGACCGGAUUGGCCCAUAG